UUUACUGAAGCACUGCAGAAGGAGUAGAAAUACCAGUCUGACAAUAUACUGUUACAAGUCCUGAGUUCAAAAUAUUAUGUAUAUAUUACCUGGUCUAAAUGCAGCCCGGCUGGUAUUCCUGCAGCCAGUUGCCACAUGCCAACACAUCUCAGCGUUGUUCUAUUUCUGCUGCAGGACUCUGUCAUGGUCUUUAUACAGCAGGAUGUUGUGUCCCAGCGUCUUCCAGCCGUCCGCCAUCACUAUGAGGCCUUUCCUGGAGCCACACUGGCCCAUCCGCAGCCUGUGGCCAGAGACCCGGCCUCUCUUCUACCACCUGGAACAGGAGAUGAUCCGCCACAUGCAGGAGAUGAGGCAGAGCAUGGAGUACAUGGAGAGGCUGCACCAGAAGAUCUUUGAGGAGAUCGACCAGACCUCAUCCUCGACAGGGUUCUUCAAGCCCAUCGCCUUCCAGGAGCUCGGAAAGGACAGCAGCAGCUUUGCCCUCAGCCUGGACACAAAGGAAUUCUGCCCCGAGGAGCUGUCAGUCAAACAGGUGGGCAGGAAGCUGAGGGUGAGCGGCAAGACAGAGAAGAAGCAGGAGGACGACAAGGGCUCCUACUCCUACAGGUGUCAGGAGUUCAGGCAGGAGUUUGACCUGCCGGACGGCGUUGACCCCGAGACAGUCACCUGCUCGCUGGUGGAUGGUCGGCUGCAGAUCCAGGCCCCCCGGGAGAAAAUGGUGCACGAUGGGAAGGAGAGAGUGGUCCCCAUCAGCUUAACCUCAGUCCCGGCCAUCACCUCCUCCAGCAUCAGCACCUCCUCCUCAGAGAGCAGCCCCGCUGAGAAAAACUGA